CCCAGCUAGGUCGCAGCCUGGGGAGCUAAGUGGAUUGUCCGGUUCCAGGACAAGCAGUGUGCACCCGUCGUUCGACCCGGUCCCAGGAAGGCAUCAUGCCCCAGAACGUGGUCCUCCCGGGCCCUGCGCCCUGGGGCUUCAGACUCUCGGGGGGCAUAGACUUCAACCAGCCUUUGGUCAUCACCAGGAUCACUCCGGGAAGCAAGGCGGCAGCUGCCAACCUGUGUCCUGGGGAUGUCAUCCUGGCUAUUGACGGCUUUGGUACGGAGUCCAUGACCCAUGCAGAUGCACAGGACAGGAUUAAAGCCGCAGGGUAUCAGCUGUGUCUCAAGAUUGACAGGGCAGAAUCGCGCCUAUGGUCGCCACAGGUGUCUGAAGAUGGGAAAGCACAUCCUUUCAAAAUCAACUUAGAAGCUGAACCACAGGAAUUCAAACCCAUUGGUGCCGCGCACAACAGAAGGGCCCAGCCUUUCGUUGCAGCAGCAAACAUUGAUGACAAAAGACAGGUAGUGAGCGCUUCCUAUAACUCACCAAUUGGGCUCUAUUCAACUAGCAAUAUCCAAGAUGCGCUACACGGCCAGCUGCGGGGUCUCAUCCCCAGCUCACCUCAAAAUGGCUGCAGCACGCCUUCCGGUGUUGACUGCGCCAGCGGACGCAGCACCCCUUCCUCUGUCAGUACCGUUAGCACGAUCUGCCCGGGCGACUUGAAAGUUGCUGCUAAGAUGGCCCCUAACAUUCCUUUGGAAAUGGAACUUCCUGGUGUGAAGAUUGUCCAUGCUCAAUUUAAUACACCCAUGCAGCUGUACUCAGAUGACAAUAUUAUGGAAACACUGCAGGGUCAGGUUUCCACCGCUCUGGGGGAGACACCCUCAAUGAGUGAACCCGCAGCCUCAGUACCCCCUCAAUCGGAUGUGUACCGCAUGCUCCACGACAAUCGGGAUGAACCAACUCCUCCUCGCCAGUCAGGCUCCUUCAGGGUGCUCCAGGAAAUGGUGAACGACGGGCCUGAUGAUCGUCCCGCUGGAACUAGAAGCGUGAGGGCUCCAGUUACUAAAGUCCACGGCGGAGCUGGCAGUGCCCCGAGGAUGCCACUCUGCGACAAGUGUGGCGGUGGCAUUGUAGGCGCUGUCGUCAAGGCCCGGGAUAAGUACCGGCACCCUGAGUGCUUCGUGUGUGCUGACUGUAACCUCAACCUCAAGCAGAAGGGCUACUUCUUCGUGGAGGGGGAGCUGUACUGUGAGACCCAUGCGAGAGCCCGUACGAGACCCCCAGAAGGCUACGACACCGUCACUCUGUACCCCAAAGCCUAAGUCCUUUGCAGACGAGAACACGCAUGCUCGCACCCACGCACACUUACACUGGCCCACGACAUGGAUGGCUUUAGCAGAAGGAGUGCGAACAGUCACCUCCCAAUCUGAAGCCACGGCUUUUUAGGCAUGUAUCCCUAUUGUGUAGUGAGGGCAAGAAAUGGGAAGGCAAAAGCCCACCUCGUGACAAAACCAGUAUUAUCUGCGAUUUGCGAUUCUUUAUCUUUGGGGACAGCAAUGGUGACAUUUAAAGCAAUAAUGUUUCAACCUUAUGCUCCACCAUUUCCAUCUGUUAUACCACCAUUGGAUGUGGUAACACCUGGAUAUUUGGGGGGAGUCAAGUUGUUUUUCCUUCAGAAUUGCUUUUGAUAAUUGUAGUAAGAAAUGCCAAAUAGCAACCUUGUAUUCUAACAGAAUCCGCAGGUGUCUGUGUCUGUUUUUCCUAGCGUGCUUGUCAGGAAGCUGCUUCCAGGAUUUCUCUGUUUUGUAGGCAAAGAGCUGUGCCACGGAACAACACAAACACAAUAAAUACGGGAAGCAAUGUUUUUAAAUUCCCAGUGAAGCCGUA